AUGGAGAGGGCGAGAUUGGAGGUUGCAAACGACUUCAUCAAGGAGCGCGGCGGCGAGCCUGAGAAAAUCCGCGAGUCCCAGAAGAAGCGAUGCGCGCCCGUCGAGAUUGUCGACGAGAUCAUCGCAGACUUUGAAGACCACCGUCGCACACAAUACGAUGCCACCCAAUUCGGCUCCAAGAUAAACGCGGUCCAGAAGAGCAUCGGCGCCAAGAAAAAGGCCAAGGAAGACGCCUCCGAGCUGCUCGAGGAGAAGAAGAAGCUGGAGGCCGAGAAGAAGGAGAAGGAGGCCGAGGCUGCGGAGAAGCUGGCCAAGCUGCUCACAAAGACGAAGACGGUCGGAAACUACGUGUACAAGGACGUUCCAGUCAGCGAUAGCGAGGACAACAACGCGGUUCAGAAGACAUGGGCUCCUGCGGACCGGAAAGCAGAGUUCAAGGCAGAUGGCAUCCCACAUCACGGUGUACUUGCGCGGUUGAACGGAUACGACCCGGAGAGAGGUACCAAGAUUGUUGGGCACAGAGGAUACUGCCUGACUGGAUACGGUGUCUUCCUCAACCAAGCGCUCAUCAACUACGGUCUUGAGUUCCUGUUCAGCAAAGGCUUCACACCCAACCAACCGCCCUUCUUCAUGCUCCGGGACCAGAUGGCGAAGACCGCACAACUCUCCGAUUUCGACGAGGAACUCUACAAGGUCACCGAGAGCAAGGACAAGCCAGAGACCGACAAGUACCUCAUCGCCACCUCAGAACAACCCAUCUCCGCCCUUCACUCCGAGGAGUGGCUACACGACAAGGAACUGCCCAUAAAGUACGCCGGAUACUCCACAAACUUCCGGAAAGAAGCAGGUUCACACGGCAAAGACGCAUGGGGAAUCUUCCGGAUACACCAGUUCGAAAAGGUUGAGCAAUUCCUCCUCACAAACCCCGAGAAGUCAUGGGAAGCUUUCGACGAGAUGCUAGCCAACUCUGAGGAGUUCUACCAGAGUCUAGGUCUGCCGUACCAGGUGGUCGCCAUUGUCUCUGGUGCGCUGAACAACGCUGCUUCGAUGAAGCGCGAUCUUGAGGCCUGGUUCCCUGUUACGGGUGGUGGAGAGUACAAGGAGCUUGUUUCCAUUUCCAACUGCACCGACUACCAGACGCGCGAGCUGGAGAUUAGACAUGGAAUUAAGAAGUUGAACGCUACAAGGAAGGAGUACGUUCAUGCGCUUAACGGUACUCUGUGCGCGACUGAGCGAACUCUUUGCUGUAUCCUUGAGAACUACCAGACACCCGAGGGCUUCGUCGUUCCGGAGGUGCUAAGGAAAUACAUUCCGGGUCAGCCUGACUUCUUGCCUUUUGUCAAGGAGUGGAGGGCGCCCAAGGAACCUAUUCCUGACCGGACGAAGUAG